AUGGCCUCGGACGAAAUUGUUUGGCAGGUUAUCAACCAGCAGUUCUGUUCAUUCAAACUCAAGACAACCAAGGAGCAAAACUUCUGUCGCAACGAACACAACGUUACUGGUCUCUGCAACCGUCAAUCAUGUCCCCUCGCCAACUCUCGCUAUGCCACCAUUCGCGCCGACCCGCAAACGCAGCGUCUCUACCUCUACAUCAAGACCAUCGAACGUGCACACAUGCCCAGCAAAUGGUGGGAGAAGAUUCGUCUCAGCAGCAACUACUCCAAGGCUCUUGAGCAAGUCGAUGAUCGCCUGAAGUACUGGCCCAAAUUCCUGGUCCACAAGAACAAGCAACGUCUCACUCGUUUGACUCAAGUCAGAGUCCGCAUGCAAAAACUCGCCCGUGAGGAGGAACGUCUUGGAGAACAGCUGGUACCCAGACUCGCACCCAAGAUUCGCAGAAGGGAACAGACCCGCGAGCGCAAGGCAGAGUCAGCCGCCAAGAUUGAGCGCGCUAUUGAAAGAGAACUGGUCGAGAGAUUGAGAAGUGGCGCUUACGGCGAGCAACCUCUCAACGUUGACGAGAACAUCUGGAAGCGCGUCAUGCGCACUCUGGAGCGUGGUGGUGAGGCCACCCGCGAUGAAGACCUCGACGAGGGUAUUGAUGAGGAAGAUGAGGAAGAGUACGAAUACGAACAAGAGGAGGAAGGUCCUGACGUCGAGUACGUCAGUGACGUUGAGGAGAGCGACGACGACAUGGACGACCUGGAGGACUGGCUUGGCAGUGAACAGGAGGCUGGCUCCGAGAGCGAAGAGGAUGAAGACGAAGACGAAGACGAAGACGACGAGAGCGGAUCUGGAGAGGACGACAAAGAGCUGGCCAAAAAACUCGCAGACCUCAAGAAGCGCAAGAGACCUGCUGCCGACUCAAAAUCAAAGAAGAAGGCAGGCUCAAAGGGUCCCAAGAGGGAGAUCGAAUACGAGUACGAACGCCCUGCUCGGGAGAUGGUCAUCGCAAAAUAA